AUGUACUCGAUUUCCCUCAUCGACCGUACCAAUCUUGGCUUGGCUCUUGUUGCUGGUAUGCAAGAGGACCUAGGUCUGGGCGUUGGAAACCGAUAUACCGUCAUUGUCAUGGUGUUCUUCGUUGCGUAUAUAAUCUCAUCCUUCCGAAGGCCGGCCCUGCCAAUUGGCUUUCUUUUCUCGGCGUCGGAUUUGGGCUGCACAUACCUCAUUACCUGUUGGUAUACUCGGUUCGAAGUUGGAAAACGACUUUCUGGUUUUUGGAUUCUUUCCGUCAUCACCGGCGGCUUCUCUGCUAUCUUUGCUUAUGUGUUGACCCUACUCAAAGGCAAAGGCGGCCUCAAUGGCUGGAGUUGGAUUUUCAUCAUCGAAGGCGCAAUAACUAUGGUGGUAUGUGCCGCAGGCUGGUUCAUCAUCGUUGACUUUCCCACCCGUGCCGGAAAGUUCCUCAAGCCUGCCGAACAACAGUUUGUCAUAGCACGCAUCAACCAGGACCGUGGUGACGCCGAAGAGGAUAAAGUCGAUGGUGCCAAAAUAUUGUAUCACCUCAAAGACUGGCGACUUUACUUUUGGGCCUUUAAUCUUAUGGCAUCGACUCUGCCCGGGUACGCAUAUUCAUACUUUCUACCGAUCAUCCUUCGAAAUGGUAUGGGCUUCAGCAGUACUGAGGCGCAACUGCUAUCCGCUCCACCCUAUGUGCUCGCUGCCAUCAUGGCAUACAUUUCGGGCUGGCUUGGUGAUCGAUAUAAGAUUCGCGGCCCUAUCAUCGCUGUGCACCAAGCUUUGACCGCCGUUGGGAUGUUGAUCACCGUCUAUGGAAAGGCGAACGGGGCUCGAUAUUUCGGGGCUUUCCUCGGUGAGUAUAAUGUCAAGCUCUAUCGCCCAUAUCUCUACUCACAGGCGAGACUAGGUAUCGGCUUCCUGCAAUUCUGCGUUCCCGGAGUUCUCACCUUCCAAGCCAAUAACAUCACGUCCCACUCAAAACGCGCUGUCGCUUCCGCAACCUGCUUGAUCGGGGGUGGCGUGGGCGGCAUUAUUGCGAGCACGGCCUUCAUGUCCAAGGAGAGCCCUCAUUACACGACCGGUAUCUGGACUACUUUUGCAAUUUCUAUGGUCAGCAUUGUCAUGAUUGUUAUCAUGGACGUACAUCUUUGGCUUUGCAAUAAGGCCGCAAGAACGGGUGAUCGAAGGAAUGAAAACAUGGAUGGUUGGAUGUAUACUUUAUAA